AUCAAAUCUUUUAAAGACGUACACUAAAUCAAGAGCUUUGAAAUAAAUGAUUAUUUAGAGAUAAUUAUUAUUUAAGAAUUUAGCAGAAAGAUGAAUUAGAGAGAAUUGAAAAAUUGUAGAAUUUAGAGAUAAAUUGCAUUGAAAUAACUCAUAGAAUUAACUUAAAUAUUAAUUGAAAUUUUGGCUUUUGAGCGAAAAAUAUUCUAUUAAAAAUUUAAUUUAAUAAUCUUUUUCGAGUUUAUUUUAAAGUAUAAUGAACAAAACCCAGAUAAUUAUCAAUAAAAAUAUAGCAUUAGCUUUUAAGAAAGGUGAUUAGAAAUUCUUGAAGUUCAAUUAAUCUAUCUUAAUAUCCGAUUAAAUAUCUACAAAAACCAGAGAAAGAAGUAAAUCAGGUUUAAUAUUGUUGUGUAAAUAGUUAAAAUUAAAAAGUAUGACAAUAGCCAGAUUUCAAACUGAUGCGGGAAAACCCCACAGAUUUUAAAUCUGCGCCUUAGCCCACUCGGCCACCAUAAUCAACGAUUUUGAAAGAUUUACUAAAUUUUAGAUAUAAACCAUCAUAAUAGAAUAUUUUUGUAGAACUAAAAAUUAUUAUUAUUUAAUAAAAACUGUCCAUCAAUUUAUCCUUUUUAAUCAAUUUCAAAUAAACUUCACUAUUAUUAUUAACAAACAUUUUUCUACUUUGGUUGCAAUCUAUUUAAAAAAUCCUACUUUUAAUACCAUUAAACAAUUAUUCCUUGUAAAGAUAGUAAAUUCUAUAGAUUUAUAUUUGAUCUAAGUGUUCCAAAAGUUCCCUUUUAUUUAAAGGAGAGUAGAGCAUUCUCGAUAUAUUCCAUCAAUUUUAUAUGUUCGCUCCUUAUCAUAAUUAGUCUUUACCAAUAUUGUAUUUUCAAAGGACAUUCAAUAUACAACAUUCUAAUUAAGAGUAAUUAUCUUUUUAGCUCUUUUGACGUAAUCUUAUUUCAUCAGAAAAAGUCAAAAUAAUAAAUUAUCAAGUUCAUAAAGGGGUUUUUAAUUACUUAAAUAGAAUAAAGGUUGA